UUAAAUAUUUACUUGAUGUUAACUUUAUGGAGACAUUUCAGCUCCAGCUACAGUAAGACAGCGCUGUCAGCUCCUCCCAUCCAGCUAUAAGAGGCCAGCUGACCUGCUGCUCUGCGUCCAUCGUGAAUGAAACCAACGCAAACUGACUUGGGAUAAAGUCGGUCAUUCCAUCUUACAAAAAACGUAUUUUCCUUUGUUGCAUUUUGCGCCGUCUGGAGAUGUAAGGACGAAUCCAAGGUCUGGAUUUGGACCGCGUGCGCAUCGGGAUUUUGGAGCUGGUAACUGUGCACCAUGACUUUCGCCAUGCUGCGGCCCGUGGCGACGCACUUGAUCUACUCGGACUUCACUGCGACUUCCGAGGACGACGAGAACCGCAGCGAGAGCGACGGCAGCUCGGAGCAGAGCUACUGCGGCUCCACGGAGAAGCGGCGGCGCGCGUCCCACAAGUUGGAUGGAGACACGGCGGUGGUGAUGAAGCAGAGGAGCGCAGCCAACGCGCGGGAGCGAGGCCGGACCCAGAGCGUCAACACCGCCUUCACCGCCCUGCGGACUCUCAUACCCACCGAGCCGGUGGACAGGAAGCUCUCCAAGAUCGAAACUCUCCGACUGGCUUCCAGCUACAUCUCCCACCUCGCCAACGUGCUGCUGACCGGGGACGCCUGCGCCGACGGACAGCCGUGCCUCGGCGGCCACGCGCAGGGAGAGAGCGGGGGGAGGCAGCCGCGGACCAUCUGCACCUUCUGCUUAAGCAACCAGAGAAAAGGGAUUAAGGAUGGAAAAGACUGCUUGAAAAUGCGAGGGCUGGCUCCGCUGAGAAUGAGGCGCUGACUGAUGACCAUGGAAAGAUGAGCAACCUGCAAAUCCUCAAAGACUUUCUCAGGGAAGAGUGGAAGCUGGUUUUACAGACGCGCGCUGCACUCUGUGCUUUGUGCACACGCUGGAUGAAACGGUGGAACCAAAGGAAAGACUAUUUAUUCUUGAUUCAAAAAAAUCCUUUUCAAAGAUGCAGUGCAUUGGUUUGAAACGUGUGUGUUUUUGUUGUUGUCUUUGUCCUUUUGUCUGGAAGAAGUUUUAAAUAAAAUAUAUUUUAUCAAAAGAAGGGGAUCUUUAUAUGAAGCGGUCACACAAACCCAGGCAGUACUGGAUUAAAAAAAAAUAUACAACAUUUUUAGCACUGAAUGCUAUUGUCUGAACCCUCCACAUACAUUUAUGAUGGUCUUUAAUUGCCGGGUGUUUUGUUUUCUGCCUUCCUCACACACAAACAUACAUUUCCAUGGUUUCUAACGCUGCUGCCAAAACCUUGUUGGGGAAUUCUGUGCUGUUACAGCAGAUGGUUUCUGGUGUCAUUGACUGGUGUGUUUUUUUCUCCCCCCCCUGAAUCUCACCACUGCUGUUUUUUGAAGUCUGUUUUCGAUUAGUUACGGCAAAUAGUAGCCCACACUCCGCUCCGAGCCCCAACACAGCUGUUGGUGUGUCACAGGAAUAAAUCACUGCUGUGGGCCUGCCGGACAGGGAGAGAUGGGGUGAAAGAUCAAAGGUCAAAGUGGAGAAAUGAAAUGAAGGGAAAUUUAAUGAAAGAAAAUGACGCAAAAAUGUCUUGUUGGGGUCGCUUUGGUUGAAGAUUCCGCCUGAUUUGCUCUAAAGCGGUCUCCAAGGCUUCCAUCACAACUCUCCUGUAGAAAAAAGUGAAAAGAGGAGCAGAUUUUUGAAGCAAAUUUUCAUCCUCGUCGGCCUUUUGAGGCUUCUGCUGCCAAACAGCUGAGCUUUCUGGCGCUCACAUUGAACGGGGCUUCUUUGGUGACCCAAACAGAGAACUUUUAGUGAGUUUAAGGUCCAUGCUCGGCGCUUCUCCCCGUAUCCUUCCCCCACC